CCAUUUUUCGAGCAAAGAGUUAGGUAAAAGAUAUGUUGCCUCAAUUGUUGAACCAAAUUUUAUUUUGAUUUUUUGUCAUUGACAAUGGUUUUUCAUCAAUAAUUUGAGUCUUUAAAUGUGGAUUGGAUUUUUUGUAUUCAGUGAAAAGAAAUUUACGAUCAGUCAUGAUCGGGGCUCAGCUUGUUUAGCAUAAAUUUUGAUAUUAAAACCUUUCACCUCUACCAUUUUUACCAGAUUACUGCGGCUUCAAAGCCUUUUACUAAUCCAAUUGAUGAAUUUCGCAUGAAAAACAUGUGGCUACAAUAUAUACUGUAUUAGUUUUACCUCUAGUCCUGAUUUUUUGACAAAAUAUGCUUUGACUCUUUCUUUACAUUCACUUAUGCAAAUAUUUAGGCGGUUCUCAGGUGAAACCUUUAGACAGCUCAGCCUGACCACAGUAGGUUGUAGGUCAAAACUGGUUUUUGAGCUGGUGAAACAAAGAACGGGUUAGUUUUGACUUCGUUUUGUUGUGAAACAUUGUGAUAUUUAGAAAGUUGAAAUUCAUUAUUUCUGUUUACUUUAAAUAUCAAUCGAAAUUUUAUUUACAAUGACGGGAAACAACGAUAGCCCAAGUAAAGUAACUAUUAAACUGAAAAUUACAAGUGACGAGGACUACCAAGACGUAACAAUUGAUUGGUCAGAUGAAAGUUGUGAACUUAAACAACUACUACUCAUCCGAAAGAUCGCAGAUUCUAUCGGAUUACCAGCUCAAUAUAUUAGGUUCGUCAGUCUAAACAAUACAACGGAUGUUUUUCCGCUUUCCAAUACAGAAAGUAAUUUCUGCGCUACUUAUUCCGGCCCUGCACUAGUGGAUCAUACAUUUUGGCAAAGUAUUAAUGAUGGCGAUUGUUUUUAUCUGCGUUCAUUUUUGGGUUUAAUAAAUCACGAAUGUCUUUUUGAUUUGAUUGUUGGUCUUUUCUCGGCAGAACCUGAAUACAUUCAUCCAACCGAAUGCUCUAGGUUCUAUUGUCAAAUCAUAAACAGCAGAUCUUGGUUGGAUAAAAAGAAAGAAAUAAUUCUCAAUUCGGAAAUAUUCCCAAAAAUCAGAGCUGCACUUCCUGACGAGCCAUGGGGAAUUCAUGGAAAUGGACGGUUGUCAACUUUAGUUAAUUUCAAUAUUAGACAAUAUUUUACUCCAUGUUGCCGUUGUCAUACAAACAGUGGGAAACAUGAGCGUCAUUAUCCGCCGCAUCGAGGUUAAUAACAUCAGAAAAAUCAUCACCAUCAUCGACAAUGUUCAUAAUUGCCAUUGGAAUCAUGUCUAAAUGUGAUCAAUUGUUUAGUCAACUGUUUUUUUGGCAGACAUUGUCUUUAUUCGUAUAUGUCUUUGUCAUAUUUAUAUUCAAAUAAAGAGUUUCAAUAAAA